AUGACAAAUGAAGGUUUAAUGUUAAAGGUUUUAUGCAAAAAGAUUCGACCCAAAGAUGUCUGCUUGAGAAAUGAUUACCUUAACAAAUUACAAGUAGAUAAAAAGCAAUCGAAAACUUUAUUUAAACGUUACGAAAAUGAAAAUUUCAAUGAAAAAAAGAAGUCGUGGUUCGACAUUUCUACAUGUAAAAUUUGUGAUAAAGACAUUAAGAUCAAAAUUUGCAAAAUCGUCGAUGUCGAAUCAUUUGCUUUUACACAGCCUGUAGAUCCCGAUGAUGUAACAAAACGAUACUGA